UUUAUGUUUCACAGUCUCUUCUUUUUUAUUGUGGUUGUGGAGACCACUCUCUGUACUAUCCUUUCACUGAGACGUAAAAAGCCUAAAAGUGAUGGAGCUUUCUAUGACAUCAAGAUCAUUCCGACCAUCAGAGCUCUCUUUGUUUCGCCGGAAAUGUGACGCACACACCAUUCUCCGGCGAAACCUCAGAACAAGACCGAAUGUUUCGCUCCCAAGAACCCACCUAGCGAUCACCGCCCACAAAAAGUCGAGAAUCGAAGGCGUGAGCGAUGAGUUGAAUGCGAUCGCGUCUCAGAACUUGGAUUUCGCGCCAGCUCGCAGAAGGGUUCGAUUGGCUUUCACUGAAAUUCAACAGCAGCUUGAUCACUGCUUGUUUAAGAUGGCUCCUCCUGGGAUCAGAACAGAGGAGUGGUAUGAAAGAAAUUCAAAGGGUGUGGAAAUUUUCUGUAAAAGUUGGUUGCCGAAAGCUGGUGAUCGAAUCAAGGGUGCUGUGUGUUUUUGUCAUGGAUAUGGUGAUACUUGCACUUUCUUCUUUGAAGGUAUUGCCAAACAAAUUGCUGCUUCCGGGUAUGGUGUUUAUGGUAUUGAUCACCCAGGUUUCGGUCUUUCUGAAGGAUUGCAUGGCUACAUUCCCAACUUUGAUUACAUAGUUGACAAUGUAAUUGAACAAUAUACAAAAAUCAAAGGAAGGCCAGAAGUGAGAGGGUUGCCGCACUUUAUAUUGGGACAGUCGAUGGGAGGAGCAGUUACCCUAAAAGUUCAUCUAAAGGAACCACGUGAAUGGGAUGGAGUAAUACUUGUAGCUCCAAUGUGUAAAAUUGCAGAGGACGUGACACCUCCGGAAGCAGUUGUAAAGGUCAUAACUCUUUUGUCUAGAGUAAUUCCGAAAGCAAAACUUGUCCCCCAGAAAGAUCUAGCGGAGCUGGCAUUCAGAGUGCUAAAGAAAAGAGAAAUGGCUCCUUACAACGUGAUUUGUUACAACGAUCCAACGCGAUUGAAGACUGCUGUGGAGCUUUUGAAGGCUACGAAAGAUAUUGAAUCACAGGUGGAGAAGGUUUCAGCUCCAUUGCUAAUUCUCCAUGGAGCUGCCGAUAAAUUGACAGAUCCUUUGGUAAGCCAAUUUCUUUAUGAGAAGGCUUCCAGCAAGGACAAGACCUUAAAGCUCUACGAAGAAGGUUAUCACUGCAUUCUUGAAGGGGAACCUGAUGACAGAAUAUUUAAUGUACUGAACGACAUUACCACGUGGCUCGACUCUCGGUGCUCCCUUAAGUAGGACUUAACCCUGCAUUUUUGUGCCUUCCUCAAAUUAGUUGUUGUAAUAUGUUUUGUGAAGAUUGAUGUCUCAGUCAGUUCAUUUUAGUUUAGAAGUCUCCAAUAGAAACAUGAUAGAAACUUUCUUCUUUUAGUGUUGUAUCUUAUGUGUACCUUUUUCCUUCUCUGAAUUAUUAGAUAAUUUUUUUUUUUUUUUUUCUUAUUUUAAACUCA